GCGCGCAGCCGCCGCCGCCGCCGCCGCCGCCGCCGCGCGAGGAGCCAGGAUGGUCCUGGUCCACGUCGGCUAUCUCGUGCUUCCAGUGUUUGGCUCUGUGCGAAACAGAGGUGCCCCCUUUCAAAGGUCUCAGCAUCCUCACGCUACCUCCUGUCGCCACUUCCACCUGGGCCCCCCGCAGCCUCAGCAGCUCGCUCCCGACUUCCCCCUGGCCCACCCCGUGCAGUCGCAGCCGGGCCUCAGCGCCCACAUGGCCCCGGCCCACCAGCACAGCGGCGCCCUGCACCAGUCGCUGACCCCGCUGCCCACCCUGCAGUUCCAGGACGUCACAGGUCCCUCCUUCCUACCUCAGGCCCUGCACCAGCAAUACCUCCUGCAGCAGCAGCUCCUGGAAGCCCAGCACCGCAGGCUCGUCUCGCACCCCAGGCGGAGUCAGGAGCGCGUGUCUGUCCAUCCCCACCGCCUCCACCCCAGCUUCGACUUCGGCCACCAACUCCAGACACCUCAGCCCAGGUAUUUGGCUGAGGGCACUGAUUGGGAUCUCAGUGUGGACGCUGGCCUGAGUCCUGCUCAGUUCCAGGUGCGGCCCAUCCCUCAACACUAUCAGCAUUACCUAGCGACUCCUCGGAUGCACCACUUCCCCCGGAACUCCUCCUCCACACAGAUGGUCGUCCAUGAAAUCCGAAACUACCCUUACCCUCAGCUUCACUUCCUUGCUCUCCAGGGACUGAACCCCAGCAGGCACACCUCUGCUGUGCGAGAGAGCUACGAGGAGCUGCUGCAGCUCGAGGACAGGUUGGGAAAUGUGACCCGGGGAGCGGUGCAGAACACCAUUGAGAGGUUCACCUUCCCCCACAAGUACAAGAAGCGAAGACCCCAGGACGGCAAGGGCAAGAAGGAAGAGGGGGAGGAGUCAGACACAGAUGAGAAGUGCACAAUCUGUCUGUCUCUGCUGGAAGACGGAGAGGACGUGAGGCGCCUACCCUGUAUGCACCUCUUCCACCAACUGUGUGUGGAUCAGUGGCUCGCCAUGAGCAAGAAAUGCCCCAUCUGCCGAGUGGACAUUGAGACACAACUGGGAGCCGACAGCUGAGGGAGGAAUUAGCCAGCGGACACCCCGUUUUCCUUCACCAGGUCCCCCCACGGCCACAGCCCUUGCAGCCAAACUUUGCCUUCUGAGCCAUUUGAAUUAGAGGAAAAGCCUCGAAGCACAUUGUGUGGAAAGAGGAGUCGGUGGUAUCCCUGCCGGUGGAAAGGAGGGUGGGGGAGGGCUCAGCCAUCCCGGCGGUGGCCGCCCAGGCGCCCGGUCCUCGUCCACCUGCGGCGCGGGAGGGAGGGAGCUGGCGGUGCCCGGAGCAGGGUGGGGAGGGGGGGCCGCGCUGCUGGGAAUCUAGCCGUGACCCUGAGGUCCCAGCUGCCAGACCGGCCCCUCAGUCCUGUCCCUUGAAGGGUUGUACAUAUACCUCUCGACCACGUAGAAACCACGUAGGGGUCUCUAGCUAUUCCUGUGGAUGGCAGCCAGAGCAUGUUAGCUUCAGAAAAAUGUCGUGUGUGGUGCUCUCGUCAUCUGUGGUGGACAUGUCGCUGUUACCGAAUCCGCACCAAAUAUUUCUCAUUGAGUUUCUUGUUUUGGUGCCUGACUGAACCAACCAACGACAGCCCAAAUCUUCCCGUCUUUAUGAGAGAAGAGAAAAAAGGAAUCAAAGGUGAAAAAAAAAAAAAAGCCAAAUCCUGUUUACGGUGAAAAAGGAUGAUUUUUUUUUUUUCACCCAUGUUGGGAGGCGGGAGGGGGGUUCUUGUUUUGUUUUUGUUUUUUCUUAGCUUUUGUUUUUCUCAUGUUUACAGUGCACGGAGCGUGGAGGGGGGCAUCUGGGAAAGGGGAGGACUGGAGAAGGAGCAGAUGGGGGCUUUAGAUGGACCUCGGAGGGGCUCAGCCGGCCUGGGAAGGCAGUGUUUGAGUAGGUGAGGGGAGAAUUAUCUCGAAGGAGGGCUCCCCAGUUCCGAGACCAUCUACUGAGCUCCAGCCAUCCCUCCCUCCCCUGGUUGCACACUGAACCAGGAGGGGUCAGCCUUCAGCUAGAGUUGCCCCCAGAUUCCUCGGAGCCAAGAUAACCCUGCUCACUCUAGCUUUUUCCUUUCAGCUGUGCACGUACCCUGUCACAUAGAGGCAAUUUGGCCAUUGCCUCCCUAAUGCAAAAACUUAACCAGAUGCUAAAGAUGAAGUUAGCGUAACUGAUGGAUACUAGGUCUUGGCCAAAGUGCUCUCAGCUAGCACAUAGGGGCUGAGGUCAAACACAGUGGACCCGGAGAAGGAACUCGGGCCUCCUUUGGGAUGUCUCAAAUCCCGAUGGAGUCCCUCAGAGAUGGCCCCAGCACUGAGACCACCUCGGUUGGGUUUGGGAGGUCCUGUGUCCCUAGCCUCUGGCUCUUUCUCUGACUCUUUGACAACCUUGGGCAAGUCCCUUCCUUUCUGUGCCUCAGUUUCCUUCUCCUUACAGUGGGAAGAGACAGCAGUGCAUCCCGUCCUCUACCUCACCCAGAUGUUGUGAGGAUUAAUACUAUCUGCCCAGUGCAUUCUGUGCUCUCUCCUGGGAGCCUCCUUGGGGUUUAGGGAUGGGGGUGGUGGGAGAUGAGACCUGGAAGUUCCAAAUGACACCAGACAGUGUGUCUUUCUGAACCACCCCAUGAUUUUUCUGAACCUCAAGUGGAGCAGAGAGAUGGGAAGACAGAAGAAGGGAGAUGGGAAAAUCCACCAAAUUCCAUCCCCAACCCAACUUUCUUCAUCCACAUGAAGCAGUUCUGCUGGACUUCUGCUCUCUUCCUUUGCCCCUCUCGCUGCUGGCCCCUUCUCUCCCUCAUUUGCACUGCCCUGAAAACCUCCCUCUCCCCUCUCUGCUUGCCCCGGUCUCAGUGCCCUUAUAUCAAUAAGAGAAGACUAAGGCAGACAGGCUACUUAUCACAUUAAUGAAGAAAUUCCACAAGGUUAAGAAAAUUUGAGUCUGCAUUGCUGCUACAUAGGGUAAAACCAGGACCAAUGGGUAAAACCAAUCAGGAGGCAGAUUUUGGCUUGAGGUAGAAGCUUCUAGCACAUUCAGAGCUGUCAGGUGGAGGGAUGGCUACUCUGGACACCUGCAGGCAGAGAGUGGGGGUCAUGGCUUCUGGUAGGAGGGUUCCUCAAGGAUCUUACUCAGACUGAGGCCAUCUUUACUGAGUGCCUGCCAGUGCAGGUGCCGGGAGAGACAACGGCCAGGAAGACAACGUCCCUGGCCUCCCAGAGCUUACAGUCUUGAGGAGCCAAGGCCAUAGCUCAAAAAGGGCCACUAGUCUGAUUCAAGGUCAACAGCAAUGAGUGUUACAUUGUCCCAUCCUGUGAUUUCGGUGUGUGAACAGUUUCUCCAGGGCUAACGGCUGGAGGUCCCACAAGUGGGAAAGUCAGGAUUUCAGAGAGAGCUAGUUACUUGUAGCCACAGGAAAUUGGGAAUUCUCCCCACUCUGCUUUGAUCCAGAGGUAGCCAGGUGGUCUAGGGAAGGUCACUCCCGACUUAGUCUCAGUCUUUUGUUCCUCUCUCCCAGGCUGGUUUGAAAGGCUAGCAGGGUGUGGGGUGUGUGUGUGGAGAGGGGGUGCAGUGGGGAGGCUGGAGGGAAGGAGAGCUGGUGUCUGGGUUCUGUCUUGGCUCUUCACUAACAAAGUGGACAGGUCUGGAACCUCUCUCCUACUCUCUGGGCCUCAGUUUCCUCAGCUGUCACAAGGAGGUUGGACUGCUGCUUACUAAAUUUCCUUCCACAUUCUCUGAUCCUCCCUAACAGCAACGCAGCUUUCAAGAGGGGAGAGCAGGGUGCCCACUGAGCUGUUGACAACCACUUUCCUGUGGGCACCAACAUCUGCAUUAUAGGGUCCCCUCCUCCCCUCAGUUCUCUGCAGGCCCCCUGAAUGCACCGGGCUAACAUUAGGCAGUGACUGGGGUGGGGGUCACCCAGAAGGGAGAGAUCAGCCACUGACUUUGGGGAUGGAUCCUGGAGCCCCCUCAUCAUCUCUCUGGGGUACCCCCCCGUCCUACCCUGCAGGUGGGCACAAGAGGUGCCAUGGACUCAGACCCCUCCGGCCCUGCCCGGCCCCAGUUGAGAGAGAGGAGAGGGCUCUGUGCUGCUCCCGCGAGGCCCCCUCCCGCCACUGUCCGGGAGCCUGGGAAGAGUGGAGAGGAGGCAGGCUGGGGCCUCGGCAUGUCACACCCACCGCCUCCGGGAGAGGAGACCCCCUAUCGUUCUCCUUCUGCUCAACUCAAGGGACUCAGACCCUUUCUUGACUGAGACGCAUGAGUGCCUUCUGGGGCGAGAGCUGCCCCAGGAUCCCAGUUGGGCCUCCCGCCGCAGAGCAGCCCUGGCCGCAUCGGUCCACCCGCCGGGGACGCCGAUCCACGAACCCUCAUCACCUGGC